AUGGUGUCCAGAGAUAAAUCAGUUAAUGGCUACCAUUUCGUCAUUCUCUUGUCUCCCGUUGUCUCCUUCUGGGAUUGCAUCAUUCGGAAAAUGAGGUACUCCUACAGACCUGAGUGGGUGUAG